GGGGGCGGGGGCGGGGGCAGUCGGCGCGGUGCCGCUGCCGGUGCCGCUGCGCGCUCGGCUCGGCUCGGCUCGGCUCGGCUCGGCUCGGCCCGGCCCGGCCCGGCCAUGACCUCCCGCAGGUGGUUUCAUCCCAACAUCAGUGGAAUUGAGGCAGAGAAGCUGCUCCUGACCAGGGGGGUCCAUGGCAGCUUUCUGGCUCGGCCCAGUAAGAGCAACCCAGGAGACUUCACUCUCUCUGUCAGGAGAAACGAUGAGGUGACACACAUUAAGAUCCAGAACACAGGGGAUUACUAUGACCUGUAUGGAGGGGAGAAGUUUGCCACCCUUGCAGAGCUGGUGCAGUACUACACAGAGCAGCAGGGGCUGCUGAGGGAGAAGAACAGCAAUAUCAUCGAGCUGAAAUACCCUCUGAACUGCCAGGACCCCACCUCAGAGAGGUGGUACCAUGGGCAUCUCACUGGCAAGGAGGCAGAAAAGCUCCUGACAGAGAAGGGGAAACCAGGUAGCUUUCUGGUGCGGGAGAGUCAGAGCAAACCAGGAGACUUUGUAUUAUCGGUGCUGACAAAUGAGGACAAGAUGGAGACUGGGGACCGGAAACCACACGUGACCCACGUGAUGAUCCACUACCAGCCAGAUGGGAAGUAUGAUGUGGGAGGAGGAGAGAGGUUUGACACGCUCACAGACCUGGUGGAGCACUACAAGAAAAACCCAAUGGUGGAGAAAUCUGGAGCUGUGGUUCAUCUGAAGCAGCCAUUCAAUGCCACACGCAUUAAUGCAGCCAAUAUUGAAAACAGAGUGAAGGAGCUGAACAAAAUGGCAGAUCACAGCGAGAAGGCCAAGCAAGGGUUCUGGGAAGAGUUUGAGAUGCUCCAGCAGCAAGAGUGCAAGCUCCUCUACCCCAGGAAGGAGGGACAGCGGCCAGAGAACAAGGCAAAGAAUCGCUACAAGAACAUCCUUCCCUUUGAUACCACACGGGUGGCACUCCGAGAUGUAGAUGAGAGCGUGCCUGGGUCAGACUACAUCAAUGCCAACUAUAUCAAGGGCACCCCUGAAGAUGGCAGGAACUCAGAGCACUGCAAGAUCUAUAUAGCCACCCAGGGCUGCCUGCAGACAACAGUGAAUGAUUUCUGGGCCAUGGUGUAUCAAGAGAAUAGUCAUGUCAUUGUCAUGACAACCAAGGAAGUGGAGCGGGGCAGGAACAAAUGUUUCCGUUACUGGCCAGACAAGAGCAGCACCAAGGAGUAUGGGUGCAUCUGUGUGCGAAACGUGAGUGAGCGUGAGGCCCAGGGCUACUACCUGCGAGAGCUGGAGAUCUUGCGGACAGAUAGGGAUGAGCGUCCCAGACUGGUGAAGCACUAUCAGUAUUUUAGCUGGCCAGACCAUGGGGUGCCCAAUGAACCAGGAGGGGUGUUGAGCUUUCUGGACCAAGUGAAUCGGGCACAGCGAAGCAUUCCAGACACAGGGCCGAUCAUAGUGCACUGCAGUGCUGGAAUAGGACGCACAGGCACCAUCAUAGUGAUAGAUAUUCUGGUGGAUAUUAUUCAUAGGCAAGGUUUGGACUGUGAUAUCGACAUCCCCAAAACUAUCCAGAUGGUACGCAGGCAGCGUUCGGGCAUGGUGCAGACAGAGGCACAAUACAAGUUUGUUUACAUGGCUGUUCAGCAGUACAUUGAGGCUGAACAGAAGAGAUUGGAAGAAGAACAGAGGAAUAAAAGGAAAGAGCGAGACUACUUGAAUAUCGGAUUUUCUCCUAUGGAAAAAGGCAGAGCCAAAGGGCAGCCCCCUUCACCAAAGGCCCAGUCUGUGGUUGAUGAUGAGUCAGCUUCCGUGUAUGAGAACCUUAACAUCAAAAGCCCAAAGGUUUCAGGGAUGAGUAACACAGGGCGAUAAAGGAGCCGGAGGUGAGCUGUGUUGAGUUUGUACAGGAUUUACAGUGUUUACAUCCACCCUUUCCAAGUUUUGCCACUGUGGACAAUUUUUUUUUUCCUGCCCUAUCUUGCCUUCUCCAAGCACCUUGGAUUCAGUGAGGAAGUAAGAAGUUGACUGCAUCUGAAUGAAGCAGAGCCUACGCCUUAAGAACACGCCUCGCUCCAACUUAUUCAUGAGAUGGUAUCCCGUUCUCCCCUGUAUUAGUAGGGUGAUAUUUAUGUGGAAGUGCCUCUGGACAUUCAUAGGGCAUCAAGACUCAAUUUUAAUUUUUUUUUUAAUUUAAGAUUCUUAUUUUUUACAUUGAAUUGUUAAAAGGAAUGGAAAUGAUUAUUUGCUUAAGAACGUUCCCAGGGUUGCCCACUUAGGGCAUUAGUAAAGUGUUAGUACACUUUAAUGUUUUCUUUAGGUCAAUCAUUUCUAAGCUAGAAGUAUUUUUAGACUAAAUCCUAGAGUAACUUUGCUGCCAGUGAAAGUGAGAAAUAGAGAGUAUUGCCUGGACCCAGGUAUUUGCACCUCUGAUCCUUCUCCUCCGCACACUUUCUUUUGGCUGUACCAGCUCCAGCUUUCUAUGCAACUUUUCCAAAACAUACAAGCAACUCCUGCUGCUACGGUACAGCAGACGAAUGUGCGUGCACCUGAGAGUCUGCUAGCUGCUCUGCAUGUUGGUUUCAUAGCAGAAUUGGGAGACAGAAAUGAGCAGACAUGAGUCUGAAUGUUUAGGUGGGUCUGAAAUCCCACUUAGCUGGCAGGUGCCUGAAGAGCAGGAAAGCAGCUUUGACCAUGUGCUGUGCUUAGCCGCCUCUAGCAAAUAAUACACCCUAGGAUACUAGGCUGAGCUGUUUUUGAGAUGGGCCCCUCUAAGUUUGAUGCAGCUUUGUUAUUGCCUUGCUGCAUGACCUUUUUUCUCCUGCAACUGUAUGACAAGGCAAGUACUGGGUCUGCUAAGUAGGGGUGCUGUAAGAACACUCACAAUUUGACCAGUGCCAUGAAGAUGAGUGUGUUGCUGAGUAUUCCCCUUCUCUUGAUGAUUCUUGACUUCUGACUACCAGUGCUUCCUGCUAUUCCAGCCUUCAGGCAUGCAAAUAACUCUGCCAAAGAACCCCCUUUCUGCAGGUUUCAUUGUUUUCUGAAAGUGCUCUCUGGGGGGAGCCUUGGGUCUGAGUACUGGUGUCCAUACCUCCAGAGCAUGUGGGGGCUCAUGUUAAAGUCAUUCUGGGUCUCUGGAAGUGAAUGGUCUUGCUGGCCCUCUGCAUGGUCAGGGGCAUUAGUGCCCAGAGUGCCAGCUCCUAGAGUGCUGAGCAGAAGGGAUAGAACAAAAAGCACAAUGAUAUACCUUGGCUGUAUUUCCUGGCUGGCAUUCCCAGUCAUUUGUCACAGGGACAGGAAACUGUUUAUUUUUAUUGCACUUUUAUUAAAUGUUGAACAUUC